AUGCUUACUGAAGAUAUUGUCUACCCGUUAACAGAUUGUGAGAAGUCAACUGUGAGUGUGAUCUCUCAAGCCUUUCUCACAAACGACAUCGCUGAUCCAUUGAUAGGAGUGUAUUGGUCCUCAGCAGAGGGUGACGAUUUCAAUUUUCCAUCAUCACUUCAGCUUUACGGUAAUCAACGUGCAGAGAUGCGGUCUAGGAUACUCUCUGUGACUUCUGCCAGUGCAUCACCAUUCGAGCAAAUUUUACAGCUUGGUUCUGCUGCUGUCAUUAUUUUCGAACACUCUUUCUACGUUUUCGACAAGCGACGCCAUUCUAAGGACCAGCAGGAAUCAGUUCCUUCUUUUCAUGUCGCUCUCGAGCGGUAUAUGGCGUCUCCGCAUGCAAUUGCUGUCAGGGACGCAGUGAACGCUGCCGUCCACGCAAAUCAAGGAAACUCGUCUAAUUGGAAAGCAAAGCUACGUUUCUGGAGGAAGCAACCUAAGGAUUACUCGGGUUUACUCGAAACAAUUCUUAAAAUCGCUUUAGAACAUCGUCUGCUCCCCGAUGAGGGUGUCACAGCUGUCAUAACAAAGAACGGCAUAUUGGAGACUUUUGGUACCAAGUGGAUGAUCGGCGCUGAUGGUGCUAAAGGUAUCGUGCACAAGGAGUUCGGGCUUACAUUCUUGGGCGAAACUAGAAACGAUACCCGAACUAUCGCCGGAGAUAUUCGUUUGAAGGGCGGUGAUCUUGAUGGAGUGGUGCGUCCUAUUUCUAUUUACUCGAUGGAAGAGCCCUCCUGA